UUCUGACAUCUUUCAGUGCUUACAUUCAAAUAUAUGGUAACCUUUCCCCUUUCAAAACGGCUUUGUACCUUCGGAAGUGUCAUCAGUCGCCAUCAUCACCCACAAGUCAUCGCCAUGAAGCUGCUCGUCGUCUUCAUCAUCGUCACCCUCAUGGCGGCUUACUGCCAGGCACAGGUGAAUUUGGCAAGCCUUUUGGGCUUCGGCGGCGGUGGUGGUUUGUUUCAAAGACCAUCCCGGAAAUUGAUACGCAGAAAUCAAGAUCUUUUGUUGCAAUCAUUGCUGGGACGCUCAAGUGGUAUGGGGCUCGGUAGCCUACUUGGAGGGGGCCAACAAACCGCACCACAGCAGCAACCUCUAACACUCCAACAACUUGCUCCAGCCAUGCUGCUGUCCAAUAUGAACUUCCAGAAUAGAAUGAUGAGAGACAUAUUUUAAUUCAUAUGCAUAGUCAGUGUACGUUUUGAAACUUUACUUUCAAGACUUGAAGGUGUUGUGCCCAUGAUCAAUGGCCGUGAUCGCUGAUGGUAUGACAAACACAAACCGCUUGUUUUAUAAGUGUGUUUUAGCCAAUACAAUAGCAUGCAAUUCGUUAUUAUUUUUUGUUUAAAGCAUCGAUGUCAGAAUGCACCAUACCCCAUGUAAACAUUGAUAAUAAUUCCGACCAAAUAAAUAUUACUAAAGCUUCAAA